AAAAAAUCCAAAGACAAUCCCCCAAUCCUCAUACCAUCAAAAUGGCGUCUGCAGAACAGCACUAAAAAGGGGGCAAAAAAAUCAAUGGCGGCAUCUCUCACUCCAUUCACCCUAAAAUUCCCAAAAACACUUUCUCCCCCAAAGAAGAACCUCAAUAUCAAUCAUCAUCAUAAUCACCAUCCUCCAUUAAAGCACAGACCUCAAAUUUCCCUAAGCUCAGUCCCUCCAGUGUCAGACCCCGAAAUCCCCAAAUCAGUGGAGAGAUUCUGGCAAUGGCUGAAAGACGAAGGAAUAGUUUCAUCGAAGACACCAGUGAAGCCAGGGGUUGUUCCAGAAGGGCUAGGGCUUGUGGCGACGAGAGGGAUUGGCCAAAACGAGGUCGUUUUGGAGGUGCCGAAGAAGUAUUGGGUGAAUCCCGAGGCAGCUGAGAAGUCUGAGAUUGGGGGGAUUUGCUAUGGGCUGAAGCCAUGGAUUUGUGUGGCUUUGUUUCUGCUCAAGGAGAGGUCUAAAGGGGCUGAUUCUAAUUGGUAUUAUUACAUUGAUGUUCUUCCACAGGCCACUGAUUCUACGAUUUAUUGGUCAGAAGAGGAGCUUCUUGAGAUUCAAGGAACUCAACUACUUAGCACAACAUUGGGAGUGAAAGAAUACGUCCAAAAUGAGUUUCUCAAAGUAGAAGAAGAAGUGAUACUUCCCAACAAGGAUCUCUUCCCUUUCCCUCUAACCUUAGAAGAUUUCUUUUGGGCAUUCGGGAUUCUAAGGUCGAGGGCAUUCUCUCGAUCCCGUAACCAGAGCCUCUCCGUCAUUCCCUUUGCGGAUUUGGUCAAUCAUAGUCCUAAAGUGACCACGGAGGAUCAUGCUCAUGAGGUUACAGGACCAGCCGGGCUUUUCUCGUGGAGUUAUGUGUUCCAAUUAAGAAGCCCUUUGUCUCUCAAGGCUGGUGAACAAGUUUUCAUCCAAUACGAUAUAAAUAAGAGUAAUGCCGAUAUGGCUCUAGACUAUGGGUUCAUCGACUCAAGUCCAGGUCGAGAUGCAUUUACUUUGACACUAGAGAUACCCGAAUCGGAUGAAUUUUAUGAUGACAAGAUGGAUAUAGCCGAAACUAAUGGUUUAGGAGAAACAGCUUACUUUGACAUCAAGUUCGGUCAGCCCCUUCCAGCCGCCAUGCUUCCAUAUCUACGCCUGGUAGCAUUGGGAGGAACCGACGCCUUUCUGCUAGAAUCCAUUUUCAGAAACUCGAUUUGGGGCUUCCUUGAACUGCCCGUCAGCCGAGGCAAUGAGGAACUCAUAUGCAAAGUAGUGUGUGAAGCCUGUGAAUCUGCACUUUCGGGUUAUCACACCACAAUCGAAGAGGAUGAAAAAGUGAUGGAGGAAGGAAAUCUCGGGACAAGACAUGGGGUAGCAGUCAGGAUUCGACUGGGGGAGAAGAAGGUGUUGCAGCAGAUAUUUAGCAUCUUCAAAGAAAGAGAAACAGAGUUAGAUUUACUGGAAUAUUACCAAGAAAGGAGACUGAAAGAUCUUGGCCUAGUUGGGGAGCAAGGCGACAUAAUUUUCUGGGAGCCCCAAUAAUACAUUGUUAUCUGAUGAUACAUCACACUAUGCGAUGCAUAUUGAAAUCAGGAGAUUGCAGACAGCAAAAAGUUUCGGUAACAAUGUCCGGAGUAGCAUUUGAUAGAUUUCUUGUGAGUCUAAUUGUUUCGAUUAGUAUUUACUACUUCCGGACAUUCUUUAUGUUUACUAUUGAGUUAUGAGUCCCAUUUCAGGAUGUCUAAACAAGAUAUUGUGCA